UAGAAAAUUAUAAUAUGGGAUUGGUAUCACUAAUAAUUGCACUGACCCCCAUCCAUCAAACUUUGUAAUAUAGUCAAUGUGAUACCAAUUUUUAGCUUAUUAUUGCCUUUUAAAAACAUUUUGACCAAUACGAAAUGGAUAACGUUUAAGAGGAGUGGUGUGCGUUAAGGAUGAGUUUAGAUGCAGUGCAACAUGAUUUUGAAUUGAAAUCAGUUGUUCACUGAAAAGAGGUAUCAUGGGGUCUAUGCGACCAACCGGACGAUUCCUUUCGUUUACGAAGAACAUUCCGAGGGCACAGAAACCAACUGUGGCUGGUGGGUUUCCCCAAAGUCUGUCUGGAAGCGAGACGGAUGUGUCAACGUCAAACGAAAAUCUGUCCCGGGAGGAGCGCUAUGUAGUGCGUCACACCGCACGUGUAGAGCCGCAGGGGCAGGAGACGCAGACCCAGAACAACAACAACAACAGGAAUUCCUUAAAGGAAAGUGUGACAGGCAGCAACCGCAACUCAUUGAAAGAGUCCGUGGGCGGCGGCAACAGUAACCGCAGCUCUCUCGACGUAUCAUCCUCCUCAUACAACACGCUCAUCAUACACAACCAAGACGACCCGUGGCCACAGCGGCCGACGCCUAUUCGAGAACACGAACGAACCAGCAGCGAAGUAAAGCACACCACAACUCAGUCCUCGCCAUACCACACGUUAAAGAAAGCGGAAUCGAAGAAGCCAAGUGGCAUCCCCCUGCCGAAGAUCCACAAGGAACAAGCUGUCACUACCACGGCCAACUACAUUGAUAUUGGUGGUCAGAGGAUCUACACUAGUCCGCCCGAUCACUCCGUUCAGGAAAUAACCGAGAUCCCCGAUGACUUCCUCAACCAAUCAUCAGUCCUCAAACACUUGGCUAAAGAGGUGGCCGGCACGCCGAAUGCAGAGCGGGCGCCCACCGAAAGGAAACAGAAGGGCAAACCUAACAAGCUUAGCAAGGAGAAGCUUAGCUUGAGCCGGUCACAGCCGGAUCUUACUGGUGUGGGCGCCACCGUCGGCGUGCGCGCCGUGCCCGGCGGCUCCGAGUCCUCGGGCUGGUGCAGCGGCGGCGAGGGCUCCGUGGAGGAGCCUGACGACGCCUUCGGGGCCGUCCUGGACGCUCUGGCCGCCGAGAAUCAGCAGCUGAAGAGGCAGCUUGGUGACGCUCUAGAGAGAGUCUCUAAGACCAACAAGUUGGAAGAGGAGGUGGAGAAAGUCCGCUGCGCGCACGAGGAGCUAGUCAGCUCGUGUUCCCGCCGGGAGCAGCUGGAGCGAGCGGCUCGCACGCGGCUGCAGGCAGACUGCCGCCGGUUGCACGACCUCAAUCGAGCUUUAAAGCAACAGGUGGAGUUACUGUCGGCGGGCGUGCGUGCCGACGGCGACAACCACGCGGAGGCGCUGCGGAAGGAACUGCAGAACCGGGAGAUGCUCAUCGCUCAGCUCAUUGCACAGAACAAAGAGCUGGCUUGCAGUAAAGAGCGGCAAGAAAUUGAGAUGGCAGCCCAGCGAGCCACGUUACAAGAACAGCGAACACACAUCGACAUACUCGACACGGCGCUUACCAACGCACAGGCCAACGUCGUACGCCUUGAGGAAGAGUGCCGCCAUGCAAGCGGCUACGUGGAGCGCGUUAUGGGUCUUCAGCGUGCGUUGGCGUCGCUCCAACAGGCUUCAGACCGUCGCGAGCACACCGAGAGAAAACUCAGAGCACAGCUCGAGAAGGAACUACAGACAUUGAGAAAACGUGAGUGCAACUGUGGCGAGCGCGGCGCGAGCACCGCGGGCGGCGAGGCCGAGCUGCGCCGACAGCUGAGGGAGCGAGACGAACGACUGCUCGCGUUAGAGGGAGAGUGCGCCAAGUGGGAGCAGCGCUACCUCGAGGAGGCCGCGCUCAGGCAGGCCGCCGUCUCCGCCGCCUCCAUACCCAAGGACGCGAAAAUAGCUGCCCUCGAGAAGACAUCAGCCGAAUCGGAACGGCUCAUGGCCGAAGCCCGCAGCGAGAAGAUCCGACACAUGGACGAGCUGCACUCGGCACAGAAGAAACUGGCGGACUUGGAGAGCAGAGUUAAGGAAUUGGAGUCCAAGGUGGCAGAACGCGACGCGAUGAUCAAAGUGCUGCAGAAGCACACUAGCGCCGCCUACGACAGCGGCGCGUCUCUGCGGAACAACUCCAGCCGCGAGGAGUUAGUGGGUCUGUCGUCGGGCGCGUCGUUCUCCAGCGCGGAGGGCGUGGGCGGCGUGCCGGCGCGCUACCGCCACCUGCGGCGCAACUACUCGCCGCAGGAGAACUGUAGCGGUUGCGGGUUCGACAGCACGUCGCUGCGGCUGGACGAGCAGCUGGCGGCGCUGGAGUCGCGGCUGGAGCGGCCGCCCGUGCCCGCCCGGGGCCUUUGCUGCUUCCCUGGCUUGGGCACGGUCGGAGCCCGAGGUACUAAUGGCCGUGGCGAGGAAGCCCUACUACUUGAGAGACAGGGACGCGCCUCGCAGCAAACCCGUUCGUCCAGCCUUCCACCGCCGCCGUCCGCCCUGCCACGUCCACCAAGGAAGCCCUCAGCCAGAACUACGAGAUACGACCGACUUGAACACAGGGACAAUAGGAAGGACUCCGACGGCUCCGGUUCCAUCGCCUCGACAGCAUCUCGCAGCUCGCCGCUGCCCUACGACACGGUGCGCAAGCUGCCCUCCGUGCCCACGUCGGCGUCCCUGCCCGCGGCCGAGUCCCGCGAGUCUCUCGUGCGGCCGCGAGACUCGAGUCUGCCGUCGCCGUCCAAGCUCGCGGUCUACGCGGCAGCGCGCCGCCGCUCCGCCGAGUCGGCCAAGGACAACAAACGGACGCAUCAUUAUCGAAUUCAGUUCUAGUCACUCUUUAAUAGUAGUAUCUCUUGUUUAUGACGAAAGCACACUAAUUUCUGGUUGUGAAUGUUAUCGGCAUUUAGUGCUCCUGAAAAUGACAUAGUACCGUCCAUAAAAUACCAUUAGGUAUCACCUACCGCGUUCCUAAAUGGAACUAGGCGCAAAUGUUCUAUGUACAGUCGAUAUAUGGUUGAAAUACUCUUACAAAAACUUGACAUAGUUCAACUUUUUUGUGUAAGGAAAAUUCCACAGGAAUCAGGGAAUAUUUUAAUUUUUUUCUGAACACGGAUAAUUUCGAUUCCCAUAAACAUUUAAGGUUCUGAAAAUGUUGUAUGGUUCUGUUAUUUAGAUUUUUUCGAACGGCAAUCUAUUAGGCAUAGUAUAUUUGCACGAAGCUUAUAGUUUUUACGAUACAGCUUAGCAUAUUUCAUAUAAAGGUUUAAUGUCGUACUGAAAACUUGCAUAUUGCAUAAGUUACGGGAAGAUACUUGCUAGUUGGUUACGUUUACGAAUAAUUGUUUUUGAGAUGAAUUAAACAAAAUAUGGUUCAAGUUUAAAUAGUCAAACGAAAACGCCACGAGAAAUAAACGAGAUAAAGAUAUAACUCAUAUAUUAUUAUAUAUAAUAAUAAUAGAAGUUGUUAAACAAUUUAAAACUAUUAAAUAGAUAUAACAAAGUAGCAAUUUUAAUUAUAACUUCGUGUGUAAUUUUUAGUCACUGAGCCUUCGUAUUUUACCUCUAUCUACCACUUAACUCGGGCAUUUGGUAGAGUACUUGUGGAGUAAUUUUUAGUAAAAAGUGAAUUAGGUCAACUUACCAAACACCGUAUUUAAGUGGUAGAAAAAUAUUGUAGCGAUAUGAGUACAAUAUAUUAUAACAUUGCAUUUAGUGUGCCACGUAUUGUCAAUAUGUAUAUCGCCCUAACGGUUCAAGAUAGUACCUAUGGAGUUAUGGACCUACCUAGUUGAGAACUUAGUUUUUUUACUCAUUUACAUUAGUUAUACCGAUAUUAUUAAUUAAGAACACAACCGUAUAGAAUAUUUUAUAAUUAAUUCAGUGUAAGGGUGCGCGCCCACGGGUGACAAAGUUGUUCGGCGACUUGCGUAUUUGUAUGAAAAGUUGCGUCGCUUCGUGAGCGCACUUUCAUACUAGCCCAUGGUCGCGACAAAAAAGUCGCUUCGAAAAGUCGCCCGUGGGCACACCCUCUAAGAAAGAAAAACAAAAAAAUGAUGUAGAAACUAGUGUGUUAAAAACUUUUCACCGAGUGCAACUUUGUUUGAUACUAUGUUGGAUUUGCAUUGGAUUGGAAUUUUAAAUUCCAAUUUUAGACUAUCACGAAAUCCACCAAAUAAUUUCCAUAAACGAUAUCAUUUUGUUUUCUGAUGUUUUUGGCGCCAGAUACCUAAUAAACUCCUUUACAAUUAUUUAAAGUUUGACCCCCUUAUGUAUAAACGUUCAGUAAAAUCGCUGUCAAUAGAAAUUGUCAACAAUGUAAACAAAACAUUAUAUAAAAUAUCAAUAUUUUAGCACAGUUUUAUUAUUUUAAAGGUUGAGGAUCAUAAUGUGAGAU